CCUUCUUCUCUCUCUCUCUCUCUCUCUCUCUCUCUCUCUCUCUCUUUGUCUCUCUCACUUCCUUUUGAGUUUGUGUAUUGUGUUUUGUGAAAAAAGCAAAUAAUCACUUAUAGAAAAAGCUAAGCUGCUCAAAAGGCAUUCAAGACAUUAAUCAAAUAAAGUACUACAACACAAUCUACUUUCUCAUCAACCAACCAACCAACCAACCAACCAACAAUUCUUUGGAUGAUUCACAUCCACAUGGAAGCUAUGAAAGGUGGUGGUGGUGGUGGUGGAAGAGUUAACAUUGGUGUUGAAGAUGAUUCCAUUGAUGGAAUGCAAUGCAUUGAUCAUCCUUACAGAAACAACCCUGGUGGUAUCUGUGCUUUUUGUCUUCAAGAAAAACUUGGUAAACUUGUUUCUUCUUCUUUUCCUCUUCCUAUUCAUGCUUCUGUUUCUGUUUCUUCUUCUUCUUCACCUUCUUUCAGAUCCAAUAAUAUUAUUGCUCCUUCUUCCUCUUCAACUUCCACUACUCGUCAUUGUCCUUCUUCUUCUUCUUCCAUCAUCAACAACACCAUUUCAUCUACAACCGUUGUUCCUUCUUCAUCUUCUUCUUCUAUCUCUCUCUCUGUUAUUCCGUCAAAAACUACUCAAAAUCAUUACCACCAUGAAUACUAUUCUAGAAAAACUCGUAUCCCUUUUCUUUUAGCUAAGAGAAAGAAGAAGAAAACCUCUGUUUCUAACACCUCUGUUUCUGGCUCUGUUUCUGCUACUUCGAAUAAUAUUAUUCUGAAACGUAGCAAAUCAACUGCAACACCAAGAAGAGGUAGUAGUAACUCUUUGGUUGAUGCAGAUGAUGAAUAUUUCAGUCCAAGAAAAAGAAACGGUUUUUGGUCAUUUCUAUAUCUUUCUUCAAAAUCUUCAACUUCUACUAAGAAUUUCAACUCCAAGAGUUUUAGAGAUGGAAACAAUGCUUCUUCUUCUGCUGCAUCAAAACUGAAGGAAAAAUGUUGUUCAGGUUCUUCUUUAGGAAGAAAAAACGACAUUGUUAUUGUUGAAGAAGAAGAAGAAGAUAACAGUCCUAAUAGAAACAACACAGGUUCAUCUUAUGGACGUAAAGUUUCAAGAUCUAGAUCUGUUGGAUGUGGUAGUAGAAGCUUCUCUGGUGAUUUUUUUGAGAGAAUUUCAACUGGGUUUGGAGAUUGUACUCUAAGAAGAGUUGAAUCACAACGUGAAGGUAAAUCAAAGGUAGUUUCUUCUACUUCUACUGGUAAUGGUAAUGGUAAUAUUGGUUCUUCUGUUAACCGUGGUCAGGACCAUCACCACCAUUGCAUGAAAGAGAGAGUACUUAGAAGAUGUGGUGGAAUAUUCAGUGGUUUCAUGAUGACUUCAUCUUCAUCAUCUAAUUCAUCAAAUUCAUCUUAUUGGGUUUCUUCUAAUUCUACUGAUGAUGCUGUUAAUGGAGGUGGAAAACAAGGUUCUGUUUCAAUUUCUCAGAAUAAUAACCGUAGUGGAAAGAGUUGGGGUUGGGCAUUUGCUAGUCCUAUGAGAGCUUUUAGUAGCAAAGGAUCAUCUUCUUCUAAAGAGAAUCAUCAUAAUAAAAGAGAUAUAAUUAGAGAUGCUAAUGAUAAGAUUAAUGCUACACCAAAUUUAUCUGCUAUGCCAUCUUUACUUGCUGCUAGAGGAUGAAGAUGAUGAUGAUGAUGAUUCAUUACAGAACAAAGCUGGUAAAGAAAGAAUAAAAGGAGGUUUAAGUUUAACAUUUGGUUUAUUAUUAUACACAUUAAUUAGUGUGAAGUUAAUAUAUAUGCAGUUAAUUACUACUACUAUAAUCACUGUUAUUAGUACCUACUACUACUACUACUUUGUUUUUCUUGUGGGUUUGUCUUAAUUAAAUCUUAAUUUUUACUACUUCAUUAGUCCUUCUAGCUCUUUCAUUUUUGUGGAUACUUGCUUGCUUCUUGUUAAUAUUCAUCAGGUUUAUGGUUAUGAUUGUGAAGUUCUGAGAUACCCUUCACAGUUCAGUCUUCAGAAAUUCUCAGUGGCAUAAUGGUACUUUUAACUUCUUUGAGAAGAGGGAAAAGAGAAGAAAAUCUCGAUGCAUUUCUCUGUCAUCACGUGGCUUGUCUUAAUUACUAUGACAUUGGUUAUAGUAUUUUUUUGUAGCUACUACCUUAUUGUAAUGCACACUGACUAUGGUGUUGUUAUGGCAAAGCUAUGUAAUUUCAAUUUUUUUAAUAUCACUAUUCACAUGCAUACACAUGUUUGGGUGGUGGUGUAGAGACACAUUAGGGAUACAAAUCACUUUUGGCUAUGUGUCAUUGUGUUUAUAUGCAAUUUAAUAAGUUGUUGAUGGUAUUAA